AUGUGUGAACAGGUUUCUCCUGAGUUGAAAAAGGUUGAAGUUGAAAUAUCUUAUAUGAGAAAAACAGAAAAGCAGUGCAAAGAUGCUGAAGGAAAUAAGUUUGUAUUAGGGGGCCUGGCCUCCCGCAGCCGGGGCGCCCUGAACGACAUGGUCACCAUCUGGAUCAGGAAGUUCAUGACCAACCGCUUGCUCCAGCGGAAGCAGAUGGUCAUCGAUGUCCUUCACCCUGGGAAGGCCACGGUACCCAAGACAGAAAUUCGAGGGGAACUUGCCAAAAUGCACAAGACCACUCCAGAUGUGAUUUUCGUGUUUGGAUUCAGAACCCAUUUUGGUGGCGGCAAGACAACCGGCUUUGGGAUGAUUUACGAUUCUUUGGAUCAUGCAAAGAAAAACGAGCCCAAACACAGACUGGCAAGACACGGCCUGUAUGAGAAGAAAAAAAACCUCAUGCAGAGAAAGGAGCGCAAGAGCAGAAUGAAGAAAAUCAGGAGGACCGCCAAGGCCAAAGUUGGCGCCGGCAAAAAGAAGGAGUAA